GGAGCAUUUUUUGACCUGUAAAAGAAAGGAGGAUUUCACUAACCCUAAUUCCCAGAGGCACUUAGAACCCUUCGACCGUACUUUCUUCUUUGCUUUCUCUCUCAUUAGCUUCCCAGGCGAGAUGGUUAACGUUCCGAAAACAAAGAAGACAUACUGCAAGAGCAAAGAGUGCAGAAAGCACACACUCCACAAGGUGACGCAAUACAAGAAGGGAAAGGAUAGCAUUGCGGCUCAGGGUAAACGCCGUUAUGACCGCAAACAGUCCGGUUACGGUGGACAAACUAAGCCCGUUUUCCACAAGAAGGCCAAAACCACCAAGAAAAUUGUGUUGAGGCUCCAAUGCCAGGGUUGCAAACAUGUCUCCCAACACCCUAUCAAGAGGUGCAAGCACUUCGAAAUUGGCGGUGACAAGAAAGGAAAAGGAACCUCUCUUUUCUAAUCUCUUCGCCCUUUUAAUUUUGCAGAAUUACUUUCUAUUUCACAAUUUUAAAUUUGCAUUUCCAUUUUCUUUCAGAACUGUUAUAAUAUCAAUAGCUAGUUUUUUUUUUUUUUUUUCCAUUUAAUUGUUGCAAUUUCAUCUUAUGUAUUACUUUAUUGGAACCCUAAUCGCG